AUGGUUGAUGUUCUUGUGUUAUUACUACUAGUGGCCAGCGUAAUAGCGUAUCCGUUUGGAGGCCAAACGGUUUUAACCCAUGAACAAACUACAACCAUUGAACCUAAAAUCGUUAUAGUAGCGAUGUUUCAACCAGAACAAGAAGCAUGGACUUCUAAGAUUGAUUUUAUUCAUAAUAUAACCGUACCAGGAUUAUGUCCAAGUUAUCCUGAAGUACGGUGUGUUGAAGAUUAUUCAAUCUGUCAGUUCACUACGGGAGAAGGAGAAAUUAAUGCGGCAACUUCAGUUGCAUUUUUACUUUCAAGUCCUUUAUUUAAUUUUAGUAAUACUUAUUGGUUAUUAUCAGGAAUUGGAGGUGGAGAUCCAACUAAAGUUACUACAGGUUCAGUAACUUUUGCGAAGUAUGCUAUUCAAGUGGGUUUACAAUUUCAAAUUGAUUCUCGAGAAUUAUUAAAUACUCAUCCUGAUUGGCCUUCAGGUUAUUUUAGUUAUGGAACUCAAAAUCCAUGGGAGUACCCUGAUGCAGUUUAUGGUACAGAAGUAUUUGAAGUUAAUGAAAAAUUAAGAGAUAGAGCUUUAGAAUUAGCUGAACAAAAUUCAGAUUAUCUUAAUGUAGGUGAUGAAGAUAACAAUAAAUUAAGACUGUUUUAUGAAUUUCCAGCUAAUCAACCUCCUAAAAUAUUAGCUUGUGAUGUAACUACAAGUGAUAAUUAUUUUACAGGAUCAGUAUUGGCAGACUAUUAUUUAAAUCUUACUUCAAUAAUGACUAAUGGAACGGCUAAUUAUUGUUCUUCAGCUCAAGAAGAAAAUGCUUCUUUAGAAGCAUUUAUAAGAAUGGCUAAAGUUGGUAAAGUUAAUUUUGAAAGAAUAGUUAUUAUGAGAACUAUUUCCAACUUUGUUAAGAGUCCAGAUCAUUUAAAUAUGGACCCCAUUGAUUUCUUCCUUAAUUUCCCUAAAGGAACCAUUCAACAUGCAUUAGAUAAUUUAUAUAUAGGAGGAAUCCCAUUUGUAAAUGAUGUAGUUAAUAAUUGGGAAGAUAUUUAUAAAUCAGGUGAAUUAUUCAAACCUGACAACUACAUUGGAGAUAUCUUAGGUAGUUUAGGUGGUAAACCUGAUUUUGGAAAGGAUAGUUAUCAUAUAAGUUAA